AUGUUCUCCUCGUUCUUCUCAGGUGGCUUACCCAAGCUCAGCUUCAACCGAGCAAGCACAGCCAGCACCGUCAACGUCCCAUCAGUCGAAGUCCACGACGUUGAAACAUCGUUGGAAAAGCGCGAUCGUCGUCUCAAACACCUGCUGAAACUGAAUCAUGCCAACUUCUCUAUUCUCUACAAUCACAACCGUUUCCAUAACCACACGCCACACAUCCUAGGAAGUGCCUAUAUUCUUGGCGGUUCUGCUGACCAUUUGACUGAGAUCUACGAACAUGUCAGUCACUCUGGUCAUGAACCAUGGCAAGACUCACCUAGCGAGAUUGCACUACAUGAUUACAGAGACUUCCUGGCGAGGAAGGAGUAUCAGCGGGCUUGGGUGGACUUCUUCGAGGACCAGCUGGUCGAGCAUUCGUAUGAUUGGAAACAGGUCGCGGCUAGGUUUCUGUUCGAAAGGGGGGAAAAAGGAUCACCUAACGAAAGACCCAUGUUCUCUUGUCUGAUGGGCGGGCUAGGGCAUCCACUGAUCCACCUAGGGUAUGCAUACGAACUGGCAAGCAGAGAAGUUGGAAUGGAAGCGCUAGGACUGGCAGCCACAUGCUACGAUGGAAAGCUCGCAGCCCUCCUCGAAGACAAUCUGAACACUACAUCCUCAAAUUCCACAUCUACACCGAUCGAAGACCUCACCCAAGUUUUCGAAAACACACGCAAGGACAUCAGACUCGACGCACAUUUCUCCCACCUCAACAACAACAACCUCGAGCACCUCCUCUCCACACCAGCCCUAACAUCCAUCCUCCUCGAACACUUCACCUCCUACAACAUCACCUCCGCACAAACCACCUUCCAACAAUCCCAACACCUCGCCGUCGCCCUCCUAGUAUCCACCUCCCCAUCCCUCAACGGCCACGGCUACGACUUUUUCCUCCUCCACGUUCUCACAACGUCCCACGCCAUUCGCGUCCUCAUCCCUUUCCUCCCGAGCGAGCAUCAUGUCCCCUUACUCAAGCAAUGGCUCCUCACCACACUCGCCCUGUAUGUCACGCAACUACGUCCUGACAUCCUAGCAGCCAACCAUGCCAUCACAGACUACGACACGAAAGGGAAAACGUGGGAUGACGCGACGAAAAUGGCGCUGGAGGGUAAACACAAAUUCGACGAGCAUUACGUCAAGGGGAUCAGGGCCAUCCGAGAGGCGAGCAAAGUCUACGGAGAUAGUGGGGAGUGGUUUGAGAAGGCUGCGGUUAAGUUUGCGGUUGAGUUUGAAGAAUGGGGAGGCUUUGCGGUGGCAGGUGGAGAUGAUGUGGAAGGGAAGGAACGACACAUACACUAA